AAUACAUCGAAAAUAAAAUGUUACUGCUUGGGAUCUGCUUUAUUUGCAGUGUCAACCCAUUAGUGCUAAAUGCAUUUCCUGUGGAAUCCCAGGCCAAUUCCAAGGAUCUAGGUGUCCUGAAUGCUCGCUUGACCGAUCCUGCUGACUAUCCCGACCUCACAAAUGGUCUUACCGAUGCGGAGGUACAGGAGAGCCUCAAGGAUCUAACCCUAGAUGAUCUUAACUCCUUGAACAAGCUACUUGAUGAGCGCCUUGGUCGAGAUGAAGAUGUCGACGAUGACGCGAGCCUAACAGCCCAUGGUGGACAAGCGAUGGCCAAUAUACGCAAGCAGGACUUUCAGUCUAUGGAUGUAGGUCUCGAUGAUAACUGCCGGGAUGAGGACGAUUCCGAUGAAACAAAGCCUAAUUUGUGCACCAAGAGACCCACUUGCCCGACCACCAAGCGUUGCUCAAAGAAAAGCACUUGCGCGCCGAAAACCACUCGAAUGUGCUCAACUAAAAGCGCUUACGAGAAUUGCAAGCCAAAAUCCGGUGGCUUUGUGGACGACGAUCUUUUAAGCGAAACUACCAAAUCUCCGAAGCCAAAGAACAAAAAGUGCAAGAAACCUAAAGAUGAUUUCGAAUGCGAGGCAGAUGACUUUCUGUGCCAGGCCAGCAGGCGAUCAAGAGGCAAGGAAAGUAGAGACACACUUCUGGAUGAAGAAUAUAUUCCAGGGCAGGAGUUGACUGGAAAUGCGCAGCUGGGUGAUGAGCUCACAUCAGCAUUCAAUGAUCAAGGUGAACCAUUGAAUGAUGCACAAAUAGAGCUAUCAAACUCCGACUUUGUCAACAACUUUGGGCUAGAAAAUCAAGCCAUUGUGAAGCAAGGUCAGCCUUUUGACUUAGGAAGGGAUAGCAAGAUUAAUACAGAGCAGAAACAUCAAACUAAUUUAAAAAACGAGUAUAGACGUCAAAAUCCUUUGGAAUACCCCGAGAACUUGAAGCACGAACCUUCAGGUCAAUUGAAAGAAGAAGAUCAGGCCAAUUUGGAUCAGAACUAUAAUGCUAAGAUUAAGCGAGAACAGUCUACUGACUUAGAGCUAAGAAGCCAGUCCACUUUGGAUCAAGAAGAUGAGCUUAAUCUAAACAAGGAAUAUCAGCCAAAUUUAGAUUUGACCAAUCUGGGUAAUUUCGGGCAGGAGCAUCAGGCUAAUUUCGAUUCAGAAUAUCAGAACUUUCAAAAAGAUCAUUUGAACAACUGGGAGAAAGAACAUCUGGCAAACUUCGAUGCUGGACAAUCAGCUAGUUUGCAUCAAUGUGAACAGCAGUUCAAUCGGAAUCAGAAUGCACCUAAUGUAGAGGGAGUCGACAGAGCUGAAAACGAACCGAUAGCGAAUGAAGCAGAUCCACUUGAUCUUUACGAUCGCCAUCAGUCCUCCAGGACGUCACAUAGUAAGAGAGAACAAACAGAGAAGCAAUUUGAGGAGCAGAUGCGCAAUAAAGAUGAUAAUAAACAGGCGAGUAUCAAGGAUGAGCUGAUGCCACUAAACUCUAAUCGGCCCAAGCAGGAACAUCUCUUCGAUAGCGAAAGUUUUAUUGCCAAUAAUGCUCGGGAUCCACCUCGUUAUUUGAUUCAAAUGCAAGACGACUACAUACAAAGUGAAAAUGAACGUGGCGAACGUCGAUUGCUCGAGGAUCGAAGGGAAAGCGAGGCGUUAAACAUGGACAAACUCACGGAGGAGGAGCCCAGAACAAUGGAGGAAUUCCAUUUGGAUUCCGAGUACAGGAGGAAAAAGCGCGAGAAUAAGAACACUAAUGACUCCCCAGAGAACUCCAAAGAAACGUAUAUAAAGAUGCUGAUGGACUCUUUUCCGCGGGAUCAGGGUGGCCGGAUCAACGCCCAUGCGGCAUUGAGGCAGUCCAAUCUCGCCCAUUUGCGCAUCAAGCGAAGUUGAGUUAUAUAUGUAUAUUUAACGCUAUACUUGAUAAAUGCCUUUAUAUAUAUUUUUUAUAUGAACCCAUAAAAUGAUAAUCCAGAAAUACGA